CAGUCAGACUGAGGCGCCUUGGGCUGAGUCUGUGGUAGCCUGCCUGCAGCCCAGCUCACGGGAUGAAAGCCCACUGGUGGAGCUGUGUGUUGGGAUUACUGUACAUGCCUGCUGGGGUAAUACUCAGCCCCUGGACAGUUUCUCAAGAACCCACGUCCAUCUCUCUAAUGAGAGUCAACUCAUCUGCUGAGAUCACAUGCUCCACAUCGUUGUCUGACCCGAUGGGGCUCUACCUGCGCAGGGGUGUGCAAAGCAACAUGGACAUUAUAUACCUGAGCUUGGUCGAGGGAAAAAUCAACAGGCGUACUAUAGCUUCAGAAUUUACAGACAGAGUUCACAUUGCUUACGGGAAGAUCGAGGAGGGCAAAAGAUUCACCGUGCAGCUGUCUCUGCUGGCGCUGGACGACACCAACUGGUAUUACUGCACCUGGGAAACCUUCAAAUCAGAGACGGCAGAGCAACAAACCCUGUCCAGCAAUGGCACCAUUAUCAUCGUCACAGAGCGAGGUCCCCAGGAACAAUGCCAGACCCCCAUUUGGGAUCUCGUCUUGAUUGCCUCGAGUGUGAUAGCAUUCACUGUCAUAUUGUCCCUCGUCAUCGGAGCACUGGUCCUGAGAUGCAGAUUUAAGAAGCAAUUCAGGCCUGCCAGAGUUACGAGUCCACCCAGACCUCCCAGACCUCCCCGUGUCUGUCCUCAGUGUCCUGAGCACCAUCCCUACUUAGUCACUUCUAUAAAUACUUUGGACUUCAGGGGCAUCCUCUAAUGCGAAGAGUCGAUGUGAUGAUGAUUAAAAAAAGAAAAAAUCAGUGUUGACUUUGCCAAAAAAUGUGUGGAACUGUGAUAGAUAAUUCAGAUGUGUUUUGAGUCAGCAGCUUAACCCCAGGCAAGGAGUCUCACUUUUUUGCUCUCUUCUUCAUUUCCUUUUUAUACAAUUUUGUGUUUUGUUGAGUUACCACAUCCUGGCUCAUGUGUGGUGUACAGGUGUGAUGGUGCAUGUGAACAGUGCCGGUGAAGAACUGCAGAGCGAGCACUUUUGUUGUUCUACUGUAUGUGUAACGUUACAUGUGGUCUUGACCUUCUGCAGAAUGCGUAUCCCACUGUUUCCUCUCUUUUCAUAUGUACAUACAUUAAAUCCAAGCUUCUUUCAA